GAUUGAACGAAGCGCACCGCCAGCUGUCAAAUAUCAAACUCUUCCGCUCAAUAUCUGCUCUCCACUCCAAUAACAACAAAUCUGCGUAGGAUUGCUUUUUAACUCGUGCCCUUAUGCGUUUGAAGCUUGAUCAAAGCUAGUCUUCUUUGAAUUGAGUUUAGAUCGAGCCACGUUAUAGAAUAAAUCAUGGAUAAAUUUGAAGGCUACAUCUUCACAGCUCUUUGCAGCACCAACUUUUUCAUCUCCUGCCUCGUCUUCUCCAGAGUGACCCGAGAGCAGAGAGAGCCCUAUAUGGAUGAGAUUUUUCACGUCCCACAAGCUCAGAAAUACUGUCAAGGGAAAUUCAAUGAGUGGGACCCGAUGAUCACCACGCUCCCCGGCUUGUACCUUGCCUCUGUGGGGGUCAUUAAGCCGAUUGUGUGGCUGGCCGACCUGAGUGGUGAUGUGGUUUGUUCUACUGCCAUGCUGCGAUUCAUCAACCUGCUCUUCAACUGCGGCAACCUCUAUCUGCUCUACUUACUCAUCUGCAAACUGCACCAACGGGAGAAGACUCGUACAGCCUCACGUCGCAUUCUCUCUGCUCUCUCCCUCUCCACCUUCCCAGUGCUGUACUUCUUCAACUUCUUAUACUACACAGACGCCGGAUCUACUUUCUUCAUCCUCUUCACGUAUCUAAUGACACUGUAUGGCUGCCACAAGGCCUCGGCACUCCUGGGCGCAUGUGCCAUACUCUUCCGCCAAACCAACAUCAUUUGGGUGGCUUUUUGUGCUGGAUCUUUAGUUGCUGCCAAAAUGGACGAAACCUGGAGGGUGGAGCAGACCAAGAAGAAAGACGAACCGAAAUCACAAGUUCCACUGAAUUUUAGUGGAGUGAAAAAAGUGCUGGUUUUCACAAUGGAGUUUGUGACUAACCCUGCAUAUAUCAAGUCUGUAUUACUAUUAGUCUGGCCUUACGCUAUUGUAGCCAUUGGAUUUCUCCUGUUUAUAUUCCUAAAUGAUGGCAUAGUAGUUGGUGAUAGAACAAGUCAUGAAGCUUGCUUAAACUUCCCCCAACUAUUCUACUUUUUCUCUUUCACCUUGUUCUUUGCCCUACCCCUCACGGUUUGCUACUAUCGUGUUGUGCGAUUUCUUCAAGCUCUGAAAAGGCAGCCAUUUUUCUUUCUGGUGGUGAGUGCCCUCAUUUUGCUUCUAGUUUGGAAGUUCACUUUUGUCCACAAGUACAUUCUGGCUGAUAAUCGGCAUUACCCUUUCUACGUGUGGAAGAAAGUUUUCCAAAGGCAUGAAUUGAUCCGAUAUCUUCUUGUUCCAGCAUACAUCUUUGCUGGUUGGAGUUUUUUGGACUCCGUUAAGUACAGGUCACUAUUUUGGAUCUUAGCAUUACUGGUGUGUAUUAUGGCCGCUACCAUACCCCAAAAACUUCUUGAAUUCAGGUACUUUAUUGUUCCAUAUUUGAUGUACCGCUUGCAUAUGCCACUCCCAUCUCUCCCUAGACUGAUCAUAGAGUUUCUUCUAUACACUGUGGUGAAUGUGGCGACCAUUUAUAUCUUUAUCAGUAAGACAUUUCAAUGGCCAAACAGCACUGCUAAACAGAGGUUUAUGUGGUGAAUCCAAUGUGAUGAGGAUAUCUGCUAAAUUUUUGAAAACUGCUUUUGGACAGUUCUUUGUAGAGAUGAGAGAUGUAAUGGGGCAAAGGGGCAGUUGUCGGUUCUUCACAUCAUAAUUGGGACAAAAGUUGUGCACGUUUUAUUACAUGCAUCAAUCAGGUUUAAUGAUCAUACACACUUAUUUUUUUGCCUUUAUGCUUAAUUUAACACUUGGCCCUUUAAAUUGAUUAUUAUGAAGCAGCUGGACAAAACUAGUGCUUUUCUGAUUUCUUAAAGGUAUAUUAUGUAACUUUUCCAGUUGGGGUUCCGCUACCAUGGAGGUGUUAUUGCUUUUCCAGGAAUAUUUACUCAUCUUACUUAACUUGUUCUGACAUGUUUUUGUUGUAUUAUGGGUGUUUUUAUUGUUCAAAAUACUAUUAAAAACAUACAUUCAUAAUGUAAGCGGGUGUCAACACACCACAGAUGUCACUUUGUAUGGUGAGGUGGUGUAUUCUGCUUGUCUCUAUGGAGAUUGAUAAGUUUAAUUCUGUAUUGUGGAACAUUCCAGGCAGUUGCAUAAUGCACCUUUAAGGCAUGACGAAGAAAGGAUAAACAUCCAAUUUGUAAGCACAUAUUUUACUUAGUACCCCUGAAUGGGCGAUGUGUUUUUGGACAGAAUUCUAAAUAUCAAAUGUAACAUUUAGAACGAUGCAAGGGUUUGUUUACAACAUUGUUCAACACUGUAAAAUCUAAAAUCCACAGAAUGUAUAUAAAGAAUACUGUUGCAUUGUAAAUAUGGCUGUACCACAAAUGUAUAAAGCCAAAAGACCAAAUGAGAAGACAUAGCCAUAUUGUCUAUUUUGUAUUAUGUGUUUUUGUAAUUAUGAUUAUUAACAUGUGAUGAACACGGAGAGUCAUAUGUGAAACGGUUACUAAGGGCAACAUUUUUUCACGUUAUUUUGAUUUAUUUUAUUGCUUUGUGCACUGUGAUCCAAACGUGUUCACGUUAUCCGUCUUGUCAAUUGGAUUUUUAGUAUUUGUGGCUGUUUUUGUUUUUGUUUUUUUGGAACAUUGGUCAAUAAUUUUAAACAUUUUGUACAUAAUACUUCCAAUUAUUGGUCGUGUUUACUACAAACAGGGAAUGUGAUGACAACUUACUGCACUUACUGUGUAUUUUUCCUGUAGAUUCUGUAGAUUUUUGGUUAAGUCUGAUGAGUGUCUAUUGAGUAUUUCCUAAAGAUCUUUCCCUUUUCAUUUGACCCACUGUAAAUGUGUCCUGUUUUGUUUCCCUGCGAUAAUAAAUUUAAUUGAUUUUGUACAAAG